CGAGUGACGUCAUCCGCGCGGCGUCCGGUCAAGUCAUGUUUCCAAUGCCCGCGCCGCUGGCGCCGGUGGCGACGCGGAUCACGGUCACGUCUCCGCCCAGCACCUUCGCGUCCAACUUCUCCGCGGCGCGCUGCACCAACCUGCCGCGCACCGCUUACAGCGUCUCCGUGCAGUGGACGUCCGCUGCCGCGCCCAAUCUCCCCGCGUGCGCCAACAUCACCUUCUGGAGCGGCGCGGGUUGCACCGGCACCUCCUCGCUCUCCCUCAAGCCCGCCAGCCUGACCACUAGCACCACCAAUUCCAGUCUCCUCUAUCCGUAUCCAGUUUCGGCUCGCUGCUUUAUCGCCGGAGACCCGGUGGACCGAAGUGCGGGGUGGCCCACGGAGGUGGAGGCGAGGGUGGCAGUGACGACGGCGGUGAAGGUGGGCCGCUACAACUUCUCCUUCGACCCCUCCUCGCGCUGCUCCCGCCUGCCCGACGCCACGGCGCCCGCCGGCGUGAGCACGGUGGCGAGCGUGCAGUGGGGCAGCGCCAGCAGCUUGCCGGGCGGUGGGGCCAGUGGGCCGUGCUCCCGGGUGUCGUUCUUCCCGGGCACCACCUGCAACGGCGCCGUCAUGCAGCACAUCUACUCCUUCUCCAGCAACACGGCGACCAUCACACCAUCUCAAGCACUCGCGUCAGUUGUCUGCGGAUUCCCGACCGCCACGGUGUGCAAGUACACCACAUGCCCUGCCAACUCCGUGUGCUGGGAGACCAGCGACUUCGACAGCAGGGCAGCCACCUGCCGCUGCAAGGACGGCUAUGCUGUCAUCAACGGCACCUGCCAAGACAAGUGCAAUCUGUACUGUGUGGCCAACGCCAGUUGUGUGAGGGAUGCGAGCAAGGUCCCGGAUUGUGUGUGCAAUAAGGGCUUUCAAUACGCUCCCAACAGCAACACCUGCGUUGAUAAAUGCUCGUUCGUGAACUGUGGGCCCAAUAGCAAGUGCAUCAAGGAUGCGAAUGGAAAUGCCACCUGUGCUUGCAACGCUGGCUUCCAGAUGCCUCCCGACAGGAGCACUUGUGUUGACAAGUGCGAGUUUGUGACGUGCAAGGCCAACUCAACGUGCGUCAAGGAUGCAAACGGGAAUACAACUUGCGAGUGCAUCAAGGGCUUCGAGAGGCUUCCGGGCAACGAUGCUUGCGUUGACAAGUGUGAAUCAGUGGAUUGUGGGACCGGCGGCAAGUGCAGGACGGAUGCAGACGGAAAUCCGGAAUGCACUUGCAUCACCGGCUUCACGCUAAGUGACGGAUCUUGCAAUGACAACUGUGAUUGGUUUGGUGCUGUCUGCUAUCCCGGCUCAUGCAAGAAGGAUACAAACGGAAAUCCGUAUUGUGAAUGCGGCAAAGGCUUCAAGCAGUCUGCUGACAAGCUCCGUUGCGAUGACAUUUGUCAAACAAAGGAUUGUGGCCCCAAUGGCUGGUGCGUGGCAAGCUACGAUAAUGCGGAGGACAUGGGACAUCCAACCUGCCAGUGCAAUGAGGGCUUCGUAGACUUGGGAACCUGCAUUGACAUAUGCAAGGUGACCUGUGCGAACAGCAAAACGUGCUGGAGGGAGGGGGACAGGAUCACAUACUGUACCCAGUGGGAGUACUGCGAUCUGGAUUGUGGGGAAGGUUGGUGCGAGAUCGAUCGGGUUCAUGAUACUGCGUACUGUCGCUGUCACCCCGACUACAAGUGGUCUGAUGAGCAGCAGAAGUGCAUUUG